UAGGAGGGAGCGGCGGACAGUGAGGGACAGUUGCUCUCAGUGUGUGUUCGAGUCGAGUCGAACGGCAGUGUGCGUGUGUCAGUCAAAGAUGGCGGACGAAAAAGAAACGAACGGCGGUGGUAGUGGCCAUGGCAAUCACAAUUCCGACUCGACGGAAGGCCCGGGCACGGGCGAUUUGAACACGGUUUUUGGCAUGAAACAGCGCGGACGUAAAGGAGCUCUCAAGAAAAAGAACAUUUACAUCGUCAAGGACCACAAGUUCAUUCCGCGCUUCUUCAAGCAGCCGACAUUCUGCAGUCACUGCAAAGAUUUUAUCUGGGGAUUCGGCAAGCAAGGCUAUCAAUGUCACAUUUGCAGUUUCGUCGUUCACAAACGAUGCCACGAGUACGUCUCAUUUACCUGCCCGGGCGUCGAGAAAGGCGUCGAAUGCGAGGAUUCCCGGACGACACAUAAAUUCAAGCCGUACACGUACAGCAGCCCGACCUUCUGCGACCAUUGCGGCUCGCUCCUCUACGGUGUCAUCCAUCAGGGAAUGAAAUGUGACGCGUGUGAUAUGAACGUGCACAAGCGCUGCACCGAGAGCGUCCCCCAUUUGUGCGGAUGCGACCACACGGAGAGACGCGGGCGGAUUGAGAUCAAGAUCUCGUGCACGCGCGACAAGCUGCUCCUAGAAGUGUGCCAGGGCAAGAAUUUGAUGCCCAUGGAUCCCAACGGUCUGUCAGAUCCCUUCGUCAAAGCUCGACUCAUCCCCACCACGGACAAGGACAACGUCAAAAUGAAGACGAAAACCAUCAAGGCGUCGCUCAAUCCCGAAUGGAAUGAAACGCUGACAUUUGAAUUGAAAGCGGAAGACAAGGACAGGCGCAUUCUGGUGGAAGUUUGGGAUUGGGAUCGGCUUUCUGGCAACGAUUUUAUGGGCUCGCUGUCGUUUGGCAUCUCGGAGAUCAUCAAAUCGCCGGUGGAGGGCUGGUUCAAGUUGCUCUCUGAGGAGGAAGGCGAGUUCUACAAUGUGCCCGUCACCGAUGGCAUCGACACGGAAGUGUUCCGCAAGCAGAUCCGCCAAAAGGCCUCCGUCAUCAGCAUUGCCAAGCCCAAGGAGCCGUCGCGAUUCGACACUGAAAUUCCGCACAACAUGAGCCGCAAGGACAUCAUCCGUGCCACUGAUUUCAAUUUCCUCAUGGUCCUCGGCAAAGGCAGUUUUGGCAAGGUGAUGCUGGCCGAGCGCAAAGGAACUGACGAGCUCUACGCCAUCAAAAUCCUCAAGAAGGAUAUCAUUAUCCAGGACGAUGACGUCGAAUGCACUCUGGUGGAGAAACACGUCCUGGCGUUGGCCAGCAAGCCGCCAUUCCUCGUCCAGCUGCAUUCCUGCUUCCAGACGAUGGACCGGCUCUACUUUGUCAUGGAGUACGUCAACGGUGGCGACCUCAUGUUCCAGAUACAGCAAUGCGGCAAGUUCAAGGAGCCAGUCGCCGUAUUCUACGCAGCCGAAAUUGCCGUGGGCCUUUUUUUCCUGCACAGCCGCGGGAUCAUUUACCGCGAUUUGAAAUUGGACAACAUCCUGCUCGACCAGGACGGACACAUCAAGAUCGCCGAUUUCGGCAUGUGCAAGGAAGGAAUCAACGGCGAGAAAGUGACCAAAACAUUUUGCGGUACUCCCGACUACAUCGCUCCCGAGAUCAUCCUGUACCAGCCGUACGGAAAGAGUGUCGACUGGUGGGCCUAUGGCGUCCUUCUCUACGAGAUGCUGGUCGGCCAGCCGCCGUUCGACGGCGAGGAUGAAGAGGAACUCUUUGCCGCCAUCACGGAUCAGAAUGUUUCCUACCCGAAAGCCCUGUCCAAGGAGGCCAAGGAAAUCUGCAAAGGACUCCUGACCAAGCAGCCAGUCAAGCGGCUGGGGUGCACUGCCAAAGGCGAAGAAGACGUCCGCACUCACCCGUUCUUCCGGCGGAUCGAUUGGCUCAAGAUCGAGUCGAGGGAAGUCCAGCCGCCCUUCAAGCCCAAAAUCAAACACCGCAAAGACGUCAGCAACUUUGACAAGCAAUUCACGUCCGAGAAGUUGGACCUGACGCCCACCGACAAGCUGUUCAUGAUGAACUUGGAUCAGAACGAGUUCUUCGGAUUCUCCUUCCUCAAUCCCGAAUUCGUCCAGCACGUCUGAGACCCCGCUCUCCCGCGUGAGAAAUAGCGACGCCAAAUUUUUAGAACCUGGAAAACGAUAAGAGUAAGAUAUAUUCGUCGAAUUUAUAACCGAAACGCAAUUCGACUUAUUUGACGUUACAACAACUUCCGUCUAUACUUCCUGACAUCUACUUCCGUUAAAAACAACAUCUUCCUCGAGUUGAAAGAACAAACCUCCCGAAAAAAUAUUAUUAUUAAACAAAAAAAAAGUCUCCCUUCAUCCAAUUACUACAUAAAAUAAUAAUAAUUAAUUAAUUAAUAGUUGGUUUCGUAAUUAAUCGAGCGAUAUUUUGCACUUAAAUAAGCCCGUGUUUUUUUUCUUUUUCAAGUUAUUUUCUUUUUGGUGAUUAUUUUUCUCUGGGGUUCCACAUCCGGUUGAGAGGCAACAUCCAAAUAGUCUGACCGGAAGUUGAGGAAUUAGCGUUUCUUGAUUUCUUAUGGGACGAAGAUGAAGACGAGUUCGUUUGUUCUGUCAAUAAUCAUGAGCUCCUUCUUCAAAUGAUUGAGAAUAAGAACGGCGACGCUGAACCGUAUAAGAAUAGUCAAAGGGAAUUAAGCUCUUCACAGAUGGAUACAAAGAACUACACAGAUGAAAAGUUCACAGGAUAGAUCUUUUAUCGAUUGAUGUUUUUGUUUUUUUAAUUCCCUGCACUUUGACGAAUUUUUAAUUUUGUUUUUACUCAUCGCAAUAACAGGAAGAAGAAGGAAUUUUUUUAGUGAACCAGUGAAAUUCCCCCCAAGUUGUUAACUUUAUCAUUCCUCAUUCACUUUGGAAUGAAAAGAAUUUUGAGAGUCUAUGUUAGAUUCUUGGAAGAAAAAAAAAGUACAUUGGAAAAUGUCUUUGCAGGUUAUUUCCGAAAUUAAAAAUUCAAAUUCUCCCGCAUUAUUUGAAUUUCAAACGGAUGGGGGAAAAAAAGGAAUCAAUGGCGAUGAUGACGAAUACAUAUAAGAAAGAAAGAAAAAAAAAGUGCCUACACACACCCGAAAAAACAAAAAAUCGCGUUUAGUUUGAUUUCUUUUUUCCUCUCCAUCAUGAAAAACCAGAACCGCAAAAAAGACGACAUGAUAUGCUGCUGGUCUCGUCGCCAUAGAGACGCCCGGCCCGUUUCUCAAUAGCUCCGGCGAUAGUUAUCCAGUCACGUACGGUCGAUUCACUCCAGCAUAUGCAUAACAAAUAAAAAAUAACAGGCCAAUGAUUGAAGGAACCAAAAAUGGAAGGAAUAAUAUAAAAGAGACAGGCUUGUUUAAAUGCAAAUAUUAUCGCCGUUUAAUUAUUAUAUUCACCUUUUUUUUUUCUUCAAAUUGUAAUUGAAUUUCUUAUUUUUUUCUUCUUCUACACAGCGUCAUUUCUAAUUAUUCUUUGGUUUUUAUUUUUCAAAUUCCUUUGCGUCUGUGUGUUUCUUAUAAUUAAAAAAAAAUCUCUACUUUACAUACAAACCGUCAAAAAGCCGAGCAACGUGAAACAGCAACCUGGAAAAAGAGAAAGAAUUAAAAGAAAAAGAAAA